AUGGCGCUGUGGAAGAUGGUGGCUGCGCUGGCCUUCACGAUCACCAUGAGUGCUACGAUGAUCAUUUUCAACGCCAUGCUCUUGCAGGGCUUCAGGCACCCGGUUUGGCUCACCUUCUGGCACCAGUCCGUCAGCACCUGCUGCGUGUUGCUGGUCCGAUGCGCCAAGCCUUCGCUGGUGACCAUCACGUCCGACGAGAACCACGAGCCGCUGGGCGUGCUGGGAGCUUUAUGGCUUGGAGCACCCAUCGCGUGCAUGCAAUCGGUUGGCCUGAUUUGUGGGAACACUGCAGUGAUGUACCUUUCAGUUGGCUUUUGUCAGAUGAUCAAGGCCUGGACGGCCUCGGCCGUGUAUGUGGUGGGCUGCUUCGUGGGCACCCAGGUGUGGUACCGGGCGGUGGCCAAAACCCUGGUGAUCAUCACCAGCGGCCUCAUGAUCACCAGCAUUGGAGAGCUGAAGUUCGAUGCCUAUGGCUUUCUCAUGCAGGUUCUGGCACUCUUUGCUGAAGCCUUCCGGAUCAACCUGGUGGAAACGAGACUGAAGUCUGCUGGCUACAAGCUCAAUCCUUUGAGCUCUGUGCUGGCGACUGCUCCAGUGGCAUCCUUGUUGCUGCUACUCAUUGGACUCAUCUUUGACCGGGAUGCUCUCAAUGCACAGGCGCUGGAAGCCAUUGGUUGGCCCAAGUUGGUGGCCAAUGGCCUCGUCGCUUUCUUCCUCAACGUGGCGAUCUUCUUGGCGAUCUCCGUGUGUUCGGGCUUGGUCUACUCCUUAGCAGGCAUUGUCAAGGAUAUCUCCAUCAUUUUGGGCUCCGUGUUGAUCAUGGGCAGUUCCGUUUCUUCAUUGCAAGUGGUGGGCUACAGCGUAGCGAUUGGAGGGAUCCAGACCUACGGCCUGGUCAGCAAGGAGCCUGCCAAGUUUGAUUCUGCUGGACUUUGCAUUGGUUUGUGGCAGCACCUGAGUCUUAUGACCAGUCCUGGUACUUUGCUGGCCGUGGCACCUCAAAGCAUAGGUGUCGAUGAACAGCAGUGGGAGAAGAAGAAGGAGGUGGAGUUGGAAGACCUCGAGGCUGGUGACGCCCAUCGCGAGCCCGACUCCGGUAGCGCCUCACGCAGCGCGUGCAGCGAGAAGCGCCUGCUGGACGCCGCGACAGACUCCUCGGGCUCCGCCGACUCCCGGCGCCGCCACGACUUGGAGUCCUUGGAAUGCAUCGCCCGUUGGACGCUGCGGACGCUCGCGACGCUGCACUGGGCACCCAAGGCCUUGUCGCCCGAGGCCUCCCUGGAAGGUUGGAGCAGUUGGUUCUGCAGCUGGGAUGCCUUGCAAGAAGGUUCCCUCAGCCGUGGCACCUUGGCACUGGCACUAGGUGCUGCGGUCCGCGCACAGGCGGAUUUGCACCAUGUGGUGCUGGCGGAUCCUUUGGAAGAGGUCUUACCCUUGCUGUGCUCGGAAAUGGGGGAGCUCGAGACCAUCAGCCUGGCACGCUUUCUGGGUGAUGUGGCUGCCGCUGCCUCGGAGCUCCUGAGGAGACAUCUCUCACCGCGGCCAGCUGAGAGUGUGGCUGCGACCCCGCCACCCGAGGCUCCAGAGGAGCGUCGUAGCUCGCGCGGAGCUGCCGAAGAGCUGGUGCCGCUGAGUUUCAUCGGCCUUUGCGGCCGCCGACGCGUGGCGUAUGUGGCGCCGGAGCUGCCGUUGCAGUUGAAGGCGCUGGUGACAGGCUUGGCCGGCGAUUCCUUGGGCUUCGCGCUGGCACAGGAAGCCUUGGACUCGGAUGGCUUGAUGCGCUUCUUUUGGGCGGGGCGCGAACUCCCCCAGGAGCUGGAGCUGGAGAUGAUGCUGCGCUGGGUCGGUGUUGUGGAAUUGGAUGGCUUUGACGUGUUUGGGAUGGCCAUGAGCGAUCGCCUGCCCUUGAGCCUCCUCCGCGAGGCGCUGCAGGGCGUCGCCCACUUUGGCCGCCGCAGCCAGGCGCGCCUGGCGCUCCUCGCCGCCGCGCUGGUCGGCGAUCACGACGAGGCGGCGAGGACGGCGGAGGGGCUGCGGCGGGCGGCGGAGGUGGCGGAGAUGAGGUUGAAGAAGCUGAGCACAGGUGGAGAUGGAGGUGCUGCGGAUCGUGGCCAGGACACCGUGAGAUCCGCCCCACCGAGCACCGCGCCACCGGCCGCGGCACCCGAGCCCUCGGACACGGAGGAGGACGUCAGCUGGUUCUUUGAUGCGGAGGUGGCGGAGACCCUCACGGGGCCAGUAGUGGAGGUGCUUCGAAGUGAAGAGCUUCAGGAGGCUGUUGGAGCAGCAUCACCCGAGCCACCCACCGACGACGACGCCGUGGCUUGCCUCAUCGCGGAGCUCCGCCAGGGCGGUGGUGCCACGAUGUCAGCGAUGGCGCAGAGCGGCAGUGGGCGUGGGCAGCAGUGCUUCGUGUAUGGCCGCUUGAGACCGGUGCAGCCGCGAAGAUCGGUGCUGCCAGGGGUGGUGUGCCAUCUUCCGCAGGACUUCGUGUCUGCACGCGGUGAGGUCGUGACCUCCCUGCGCUCCACCACCGGCUUCUCCGUGGCGCGCUGCGCGCUGCUGGACGCCAACUUGACACUGGCAGCCUAUGAGAGCUCGGCCCCAGCGCUGCGGCGCAUUAGGGAGGUGUACGUCCAGGAGCCGGAAGAGACACUUGGAAGGCCGACGCUCUUCUCGGUCGCGGACCAGCGCGGCCAGCGGCUGGCUCAGCAGAUCCGGGCACUCGGCCACCUGGGCAUUGAAGCCUUGCUCCUUUCCGGCGACGCCUCCGACAGCGUGCUGAGCGCCGGCCGAGCGGCCGGGCUCUUGGUGGCUGCAGGGAUCCCUGCGCGGCUGCUCUACGCGCUGGCUGAGGACUGUGGUGCCACAGUGCUACGUGGCUUGCCCGACCUUCCUGCGACCUAUGCCUACAUGCCCUGGGAGUCACAAAAGCCACUGCAGAUUCAGAUUGCCGAGCUGUCCAAGAGCGAGCGAAGACACAACUUUUGCUUUCCUCUCAUCGGGCAUCGUCAAUCGCUUCUCCCUCAAGCCUCCACGGAUCUUGAUGCUCCUUUCUAUGAAUUCUUCGCUUCCUCCACCUCCACCAGCUCCACCGUGCUCUUGGAAGCUCCCUCGGAGCCCCAGCUGCGCCAGCUCUGCGCCCAGCUCACCGACCUCCUGGCCCCGCCCUCCGCGCCGCUGCCCGCGCCCUGGCCGCGGCGCCUGGCCGAGGCCCUGGACGCCGACGCCCUGGACGGCGAGGGCGAGGAGGGCGUGACCGCGGCGUGGGUGCGGCCGGCGGAUCCGUUGGGCGACCGGGCGGCGCGGGGGAAGUUGGCAGAAGCCUUGAGGAGGAUGGCAGACUUGGAAGAAGACCUUCGCUCUGCCAACGACGACCAACUACCCGAUGACGACGGCGAUGGCCUCGACGCCGCGUUGGCCGUGGUACGCCGGGCGACACGGCUGGCGGAGCUGGUGGCGCGCCAGCGGUCGACCUUGGCCAGUGUAGCUUGCUUGCACCUUGGCGGCGGCGUGUGCACCAAUUUGGCGCCUGUGGAUAUCGUAAUGCCUCGGGCUGAAGUGGAAAGAGUCAAGGAGGGCCCUGCCACCCUGCGGGACCUGGGCCUCUUCGGCGGGAGCGCAGUGCUGGUGCUCACGUCGGCGACGGCGCAGAACGAGAGCGACAAACCGCGAGGUCUCAUGUCCGUUCUCGACUUCUGGCUGCCGCGACUUCAGGCCGAAGAGCAGACCUUGCUGACCCAGCUGCCCCUUCGCAGCUGGGCAGCCGGGCUGAUCCUGAUCGCCCUGACGCAGCUCCGCUGA